UGUUAUUAUGCCCCUUUGACAUCAGUGUUGCAGCUUUAUAUGUCUAUAGACUCAAAGGGCUGCAGCUUCCUGAUGGUCCAGCAUUCAAAUGAGCAGCGGGGACUCUCGGUGCAGAUAAGGCCAGCCUCCCGCCGCAGCUGGACGCCUCGGCUGCUUUUUUCUUUUUUCCCCAGAAAAAAAAAGAAAAACAACCACCCGUCUGCUCUCAGGAAGUACUGUAUGAAUAUUAAUAUGGAUGCAAAUGCGCCGUGAGGAUGCCUGCUCCGACGCUGCGCGCUCAUGUCUGCGCAUUGGUGUUUGGAUUUGUGGUGUUUUUCAGCUGGACGCACGCAAAUUCUUCUUCUUCUUCUUCAUGGAGGUUUCACGGGAGCUUUUCCUAACGUCCUAAGGGCUGUUCAGAAUAGCAUCAUGCCUUUCGCUCUGAUCCCACACCGGCCAGCCUGCGCCGAGCCCCGGCUGAGCGGCGCGCGCCGAUCACCGUGAAUUUCUUCUUCUGAAACGAAAACCCCUCAAAAAUGGAAGAGCUUUGGCGUCAGGACAACGCGUCAGGUCACUAAUAUGCGUCUAAAUACCUGAUUUUUCAGCUGCACGUCAACUGACACAUAUUGGAAGGGAUUUUUUUGCCCUCCCUCCCCUCCCCUCCUCUCCUGUGAGACAGCUGUGUCAUCAACAACCGGCGUGGUUUUGUUGUUGUCUGAUAUUUUACGCGCCUGGACUCCCGGAGAAGAUCUGUCGCGUUUCUAAACCCUCUGCGCCAAAUCCAGCCUACAGUCACGGAGCCCAGCAUCAUCAGCUGACCGGAGAUGCUGGAGCACCCGCCGUGUUUUCAGUCCAACACGCGCCCACAGCGUUCAUGAGGCUCUCUGGAAAUGUAGUGCGCGCGGCUCUUCAGCUGUUAGGACGUUGUGUUCACCUGGUUCUAGACUUAAGACAGACGAGGCCAGCCUGCAGCAUUCAUCUGCUUCUCCUGAGCCUCCUAUACCAUGAGCUCUGGCUCUGUCCAGGAUGUGGCAGUCGAGCAUUUCCUGCGUGACAUAGAGAGGCGAAGCAGGCGGCUACACUUCGCUGUGAUAGGCUGUGAGGAGGAGCGGUCCUGCAGCGACAUGAACCUGCUGUACCGAAAGAGCCGUUUGGACUGGAGGCAGAGAGACCAAGAGGGAAGUAAAAAGAGCUCCACUCAAAACGACCCCUCAGCUACCGUUGGUAAAGUCAGAGACUUGGCGUCUUUUCGACGGCAUUUCCGAAUGGGUUUUAUGACCAUGCCCGCCUCCCAGGACCUGUCCCCUCACACUUGUGCCUCUGCCAUGGCGCCUCGCUCACAGUCCUGCCACGCUGUUGGAGCCGGCGACUCAAGUCUCGAGAACGAGGAUUACUCCGAGACUCAGUCCCAACAUGGCGGCCGCUGCCCACCGGCCAAACCCAAACGUCAUCCGAGUACGCGCCUCAGCUGCUCGUCUGUAGACGGCAGAGGACCUCCGGAGACGCCCCCGCCUCCUCCACCCAGCCAGUCACAGGGCAAACACUCAGAGAAAAAAAAUUCCAUGAAGAAGUCCGACUCGGGGGAUAUGGGAGCUAAAAAGGUCCCCCCGCUAAAACCCAAGCGAAGUCCGAGCACCCAGCUGACGUUUGACCCUCUUCCUCCACGUGUGCCUCCUUCUGCCACGUCCAUGCCAUUCCAGACGGCAGACUCUCAGAUUCAGACUCGAGACGGGGACGAUGAGCCGGUCUACAUAGAAAUGGUUGGACAGGUGUUUACCAGAGACAGCCAAACAGCCACACCUCACCCUGUCACCCCUGUGGCUACAACACCAGACUCCGAUUCGGACCAGAGCGAAGCCAUCUACGAAGAGAUGAAAUACCCGCAGCAGGAAAACAGAGAAUCUCACAGACACUACCCUACUAAACACGAGAAAGUAAAAAGCUCCAAACACUUCCACGUCACCCCUUCCUCUUCCUGCAGCUCAUCUUCUCUGCCUCGCCCCGCCUCUUCGUCCCCUUCUUACUCCAAACCUAAAGCUACUGUGUCCAUCUCGCAUUCAUCUCCUCUGCCUUCCUCUGCAUCCUCAACCCCUGUACCCCAACUCUCAACCAGCCCCCACACACCUCGAGCUCCUACUCCCUAUCUCCUCCAGGGAAACAAAUCAGAGUCGGAGUCUAACACCAAGAUCCCAGCCCCUUUUCCCAAUCUUCUGCAGCACCGGCCCCCUCUUCUUGCCUUUCCUCAGCCUGCAGCUGCCUCUAGUGGAGUUGGUGUGCAGAACAAAUCAUCUUCUUCCUCCAAAACGGGAACUCAGACAUCCAGCGCAACAACUCAAGCCAACAGUUCCUCUUCAAUCUCUUCAAACGUUCCAACAUCAAGCUCCAAGGAGUUAUCAGAACGCAGUUCGUCGCAGCAGGAAAAACACAGCAGAGACUCCCAGUUUGGUCCUGCUCCUGGUUUAAGAGCCAGGAGUCACUCCACUCCUCUACCUCCAUCCUCCAAAUCCACCUCCCCGUUCUCCCAACACCAUCACCACCCUCACCACCGGCCCUCCCACUACCAUCACUACCGCAAGCCAGAAAGAGGGGACUCUCCUGCACCAACCAAGAGCGGCUCUCAGGUUUCCAGCCAGGCCACAGUACAAACACAGACAUCGAAUACAGGCAAGGAAGGCAAGUCUGUGAGCUUUCUCCUAAAGUCUGACAAAGGAGAGAGGGAUAAGGAUAGGGACAGGGAGCGGGAUAGGCCCAGAGAUCGGGACCGGGAACGAGACAAGGAGAAGGACAAGGACAGAGAUAAAGACAGAGACAAAGAUAGGGAUAGAGACAGAGAUAGGGAUAGGGACAGGGACAGGGACAGGGAUAGGGAUAGAGACAGGGACAGGGAUAGAGACAGGGACAGGGAUAGGGAUAGGGAUAGAGACAGGGAUAGGGAUAGCGGGCCGCACUCUUUACCAAUCGACAGCACCACCACUUCUAGCAAUCAAACAUCUCAGAACAGUGCCAGCUCAACUCCCACACCAUUAUCCUCAUCCCAGCGUCCUCAUUCCCGCCCACACCUCCGCUCUCAUACUCCUCAUGGUUUGCCAGCGUACAAGCCUCCCUCAUCUGACAGCCCCCUGCUGUGGACCUACCCCUCCGGCGGUUUCCGGAGACCACCGGCUUACGAGAGUUUGAGAGGCAGCUCACAGACUCCCUCACUGCAGCAACCCUUAAGUCUCAACAGCGUAGGUGAGGGGUCAUCCAAGAGUAACGGAGGGUCUUCGUCCAUCCAGGCAAAAGCUGGCUUCAUGCCCUGGGACAGCAGUGUGAGCUUAGCCGCAGAUGACGGCUCUUACUGGCCUAUGCAGAGGAAGCUGUCCUUCAGUCACAGCAGCAAAGAAACUGAAAAAGAUGAAGGACGAGCCUGGAACGGCAGCGCCGAUGCUUUGCUAAGGAUGGAUAAGGAGGACCUCGGAAUGGGAUUCAGAGGAGGUCACUCAGGUAUCCCAGUUCACUUCGGCGGUACCAGCAGCAGGGCUCUCGGUCACAGCGAGUCCUUGGCAGGUGUUGAUAGCAGCCAGGCGUUCCGAGCUCUCCCCAGAGCGGGGCUGCCCCUUCCCUGCCAGACGUUUCCUGCCUGUCGAAAUGGAGAAGUGGGGCGGCUGGGUCGCUCUUCCUCUGCUGCUGGAGUCAGACAAGUGGGUGGAGGUGAUGUCCAGAGACAGAGCAGCCUACCAGCACGCGAAGCCUUGAACCAGCUGCAUGGCCUGGUCCCGCCUCAAGCGCCCUGCAGUCCCAGCAUUCCCAGCAUCUCUCGGCAGCAGCAGCAUGCCCAGCUCCAGCAGCAGCAGCUGCAGUUGAAGCAGCAGCUCCAGCAGCUUCAGCAACAGCACCAUCUGCAGUUGCAGUUCCAGCAGCUCGCCCAGCUGGCCCAGGGACAGCCUCCUGUCAGCGGGGGCACCACCCCAUCCUCAACGCAGACGCAGAGAGACGGCAAGCUGUUGGAAGUCAUUGAGCGUAAACGCUGCCUGUGCAAGGAGAUCAAGGCCCACAGGCGGCCUGACAAAAGCUUGUAUAAGCAGGACAGCAUGCCUAUCCUCCCUAGCUGGAGACGGACACCUGAGCCUCGAAAGACUGGCACGCCACCCUGCCAGAGGCCACAAGCCGUCGUGUGGGACACGGCUAUUUGAGGUGGAGAGACAGGCCGGUCCACAGAACACACAGAAGACAGAUAACUAAAAACAGAAACAGAUGGCAACUGGAGGAUUCAAAAGAAGGAAAAGAAAGAAGAGAGCAUUUCUUGCUUUUGCUCUUGGGUUUUAGGCUGAGCUGAGAAUCCAAAUUAAAAGAAACCUAGAACUUCUUUGUAAAAAAAACAUCUAAAACUUAAGAAAAAGAAGAUUACAAUCAGACAGAAAAAAAAUUACGUACCCGGUUGGUAUGUAAUUGCUCCAUUCCGUUCUAAAAUUGCCAAUUAUUUCUGCCACAAACCACACCAAGAGACGGAAAACAAACUGAUAGCCAGUUUUCCGACUAAGGUGUUGCCAAAUUUCCUCCUGACUACUUGAGACGUUCUGAAUUUUAUUUGAUUUUUUCCUCAAAUACAAACUACCCAAAAGCAAGACUCAUAGAUAAGUUACUGAAGUGUUUCUUGAAAUCGUGAAUGUAUAUCUGAUGUUUUUGGUAUCACUAGAUUGUCAUUGUGGAUGCAAAUAAUCAUGACAGAGAAAGCUACCUGCUGUAACCGUUUGCAUAUUUGUAAUGUAAAUCUAUUAUACUUUCUCAACAUUUCUGCAAUUUUAUAGCAAUAUGCUCCCGAAUCUGGAGCGACAUACUUUAAACUUGUGUCAACUAGCCUAAACAUACAUAUCUAAGACUUCAAUAAGUCAUGUAUUACUGUGUCAUCCUCUGCAUGUCACGAUAGACAUAAAAGAAAUGUAGAGAUGAUCAUGUCAGACUUUUACACACAGCCGAUCUUCAGUAUGAUAACGUGUGGUCGUAGAAAAAAGAACGUAGAGAGUGGGACACGCAGUGCAGUCCAGCCGAACAGAAAAUCCCCAUUCACUGGUAGGAGAGCGCCAUUCCUCAUGCUUAUAUGGUUGCAAUUUUUACUGAUUGUUCCACCAUAAACCAAGCACUGACACCCAUCAAGUCAGACUGUGCAAUACGGUGCAACUGAUAAGACUGUGAGCAUCCAUCACCUCAAACAGAAUGCUGGAACAAUCUGCACAAAACAUCUUAGGUGAAACUCAACUCUUAUGUAUUGUAAAUAAACAUGUACAGCUGUAUUGAAAAUGUAGCAAUUAUUUCCAUUUUCAUACUUGUAAUCAGUACAUAUUAUGUAGCAUAUACUGUAAAAACAAACAUUUGUUCACUUGUUUUUAUUCCUAAAAGAAUUAAGUACUUUAUCUGCUGCAGCCAGCCCAUGAAUUACUUAUAUGAACAAACAAUGAGCCCUCUGAGGAAGGGCACAGGCCAACAGUUGUUGAUUCAAAUAAUUUAUGCAAUACUCCCUUUAAGCUCUGUUAUUUAUCUAAGGCCUUUUAUUUUGUUUUUAUUUGUGUACAGAUUCCAACAGCUUGCUGUCAUUUUGGAGAACUUUGCUGCAACCUUGACUUGCAUUUUUUUCAUCUUUCAGCCACAUUUUAUUACCACGAUAAACGUUAUUUUUAUAGCACUUCUUCCCCCUUCCUGAAAUGAAAAGUCAGCCUAUUAGGGCGCUUGAAUGUCUCUUGUCGUUAGUUAGUGCCAACCUGUACAGAACAGAACACCUGGUGAGAAGAAAGUCACUGUUUGACCUCCUUUUUUUUGUUUUUUGGCUCCACCUGCUCGUCUUUGAUGCUUUGUCACCUCUGACUGAGUCCACCUUAAACCAACUCAGGUCAGCUCGUGCGGGAAAAGGAGCAGGUGCAAAUGCAUGCAGAUUCCUUACACUGCAAUGUUCCGAUGACUCUUAAUAUUGUGCCCAAAUAUAAUUCAAAGUAAAGCCCUUAUGAUUCCUGUUCACAGAACAACGAGAAACCCAACUGUCAGUUCUGAUUUACAAAGGCUGUUGGUUUUGUGUGUCUUCUAAAACAGUGGCCAUUAUAUGAGUGCCAUACUAUAUUGAUAUGGUAUACGGUGUACCUUGGAAAUCACUGUAGUGCUAUAUUUGCAUUGAUAUUGUCAUUGAUAAUAAAUUUUAUAUAAUGAACUUUA